GCUUCUAGUUCGGUCGAGUAUCAGGCUAUCAGCAAUGGUAGACUUGACCAAGAUCGCCAUGGAAAUGGACUGGCUCCAAGAUCCGCUGAGCUGGCUGUUCGUUGCCUCCGUGGUCUUUGUGGUGCUGCGGCUGCGCCGGCGGGACAGGGCGCCGCCUCUGCCUCCAGGGCCGAACCCGCUGCCGAUCGUCGGCAACAUGUCAAUGAUGGACCAGCUGACGCACCGGGGUCUCGCGGCGCUGGCCAAGAAGUACGGCGGCUUCCUCCACCUCCGCCUCGGCAAGGCCCACGUCUUCGCCGUGUCUACGCCGGAGUACGCCCGGGAGGUGCUGCAUGUGCAGGACGGCGCCUUCCUGAACCGGCCGGCCAGCAUCGCCGCCACCUACCUCACCUACGACCGCGCCGACAUGGCGUUCGCGCACUACGGGCCCUUCUGGCGCCAGAUGCGCAAGCUGUGCGUGAUGAAGCUCUUCAGCCGGCGCCGUCCGGAUACGUGGCUCGCCGUGCGCGACGAGUCCGCGGCGCUCGUCCGCGCCGUGGCCCGGCGGAGCGGCGAGACCGUGAACCUGGGGGAGCUCAUCUUCAACCUCGCCAAGAACGUCACCUUCCGCGCCGCGUUCGGCGCCGGCGACGGCGGGAAGCAGGAAGAAUUCGUCGCCAUCCUCCAGGAGUUCUCCAAGCUCUUCGCCGCGUUCUGCAUCGGCGACUUCAUCCCAUGGCUCAGCUGGGCGGACCCGCAGGGCAUCAACGUGCGCCUCCGCACCGCGCGCGCCGCGCUCGACCAGUUCAUCGACAAGAUCAUCGACGAGCACAUGAUGAGGGGCAGGAACCCCGACGACGCCGACGCCGACAUGGUGGAUGGCAUGCUUGCUUUCCUCCCUGAGGCGAGGCCCAACAAGACCGCCGGCGACGGCAGGGAAGACCUGCAGAACACGCUCCGCCUCACCCGUGACAACAUCAAGGCCAUGAUCAUGGACGUGAUGUUUGGCGGGACGGAGACGGUGGCGUCGGCGAUCGAGUGGGCAAUGGCGGAGAUGAUGCACUACCCCGACGACCUCCGACGUCUGCAACAAGAGCUCGCCGACACGGUGGGUCUCGACCGGAACGUGAACGAGUCGGACCUCGACAAGCUUCCCUUCCUCAAGUGCGUCAUCAAGGAGACGCUUCGAUUGCACCCGCCCAUCCCGAUGCUCAACCACGAGAAUGCCGAGGACUGCGUCGUCGACGGCUACUCCGUGCCCCGGGGCUCCCGUGUCAUUAUCAACGUCUUUGCCAUCGGCCGUGACAUCAACGCGUGGAAGGACCCCGACAUGUUCCGACCUUCACGGUUCAUGGCGGGGGAAGGGGAGGCCGCCGGGGUCGACUUCAAGGGCGGGUGCUUUGAGUUCCUGCCAUUUGGGUCCGGCCGCCGCUCGUGCCCUGGUAUGGCGCUCGGCUUGUACUCGUUGGAGCUCGCCGUCGCGCAGCUCGCCCAUGGGUUCAACUGGGAACUGCCCAACGACAUGAAGCCGUCGGAGCUCGACAUGAGUGAUGUCUUCGGCCUCACCGUUCCUCGCGCCACCAGGCUCUGCGUCGUGCCCACGCCUCGACUUACCUGCUCUUUGGUUGCUGAUGAUGAUGAUGAUGAUGAUGCGCGCCAGGUGUGAUGCCAUACGCGCAUGCAUCUAUUAUUUUUUUUUUUUGAAAGAUCCAGCUGCUGGCUGGCAUAUAUUAAGAUAGCAGAAAGCAUGGCGGGAAUAAAAAGGGUGGGGUUGAUCAAAAGAUCAAAAGGACAUAACAGGAAGAAAUCGCGGAAAAAAUGCUGAAAAACAGGAAAAUCUGGCGCAGACUUUGUACUCCUCACGUGAUUUUCCCGAACGGGUGCUCUAGGAAAACUGCUCCAGCUUGCCUCCAAGAUUGGAGAGUUGUGGAGAUGGAGGUGGAUAUGCUCGCGGCUCUUGCUGUUUUGUUUCUGAAAGUGCACUCAUUUCUUUCUUUCCAGAUUUCUGAUAGAACGAGGACGAUCAUUGUCCUAGCUCCUUUUUUGUAUUCU